AUGGCGGCUUCAAAAUCCCAUUCUUCACUCCUGCCUCUCUUCUCCAUCUUUAUUAUCCUUCUCGCAAUAACUGGCCAAGCAUUUGCAGGGCGUGAUAUCCAGAAACAAACCAACAAAGAUGAGAAGAAAGAGCCCCAGUUUUUUAUUGGUGAUGGCAGUUUUCUCAUUCCAGGCUUUGGGAGAGUGUUAAAACCACACAGGUUUAAACCUUACAGACCUCCAUUCACUGUUCCAAGCACCGGUGGAAGCACUGGAAUAGGUGGCUCACCACCAGGGCAGAGAUAUAUUCCCGGUGGGGAUGAUACCUUUGUCCCAAACCCUGGUUUUGAGGUUCCCAACCCUGGCUACCCUUGA